CGCCCGACCCUUUCAUGGCUAACCUUCAUGAUCUUCAUCAACCUCCUUGUGAACCAGCUUCUUGUUCAAGCUUUUAUAGGGUUUCACAAGAGAGUAGUGAGUUCAGUGGUGGAAGUUAUUGCAGCCAAUUGUUGUUCUCUGGUUCUGAAAAUAAUGAUAAUGAUAAUUAUUAUUAUUGCAAUCCAAUGGAUAAUCAUGAUUUUAGCUUGGGAGAGCUUGGGAACAAUAACAAUGGCGGAUUCCAGCUUGAAGAUCAUGAGGACUCCAUGAAUAUAGAAGCUGUUCUGGGAGAAGAGGGCGGUAACCCACGUGAUAUCAAUUGCAAGAAAAGAUCAAGGGGAUCUGGGGAUUUACAGAAGAGGAGGAAUGAGAAGUCAAAGAAAACUCAGAAGCUUAUCACUGAAGAAGAUGGCAAUAAUGCUGCCCAUAACAGGCAAAGCACAAGCAGCUAUUGCUCGGAAGACGAAUCCAAUGCCUCGCUCGAGCUGAACGGAGGAGUUAAUAACUCGGGACCGAGUCCGAACGGGCCGACCAAAUCCCGAGCCAGCAGAGGUUCAGCUACUGAUCCACAAAGCCUCUAUGCAAGGAGAAGAAGAGAAAGAAUCAAUGAGAGGUUGAAAAUCUUACAGACUCUUGUCCCAAAUGGAACAAAGGUUGAUAUCAGCACAAUGCUUGAGGAAGCUGUUCAAUAUGUGAAGUUUCUACAGCUUCAAAUCAAGCUAUUAAGCUCGGAUGAUUUAUGGAUGUAUGCUCCGAUCGCUUACAACGGAAUGGAUAUCGGGCUUAAUCCGACCCCGAACACACCGAAAGUGUUAUGA